ACCGCCCACGGCAUCGAAACGAAACGAAACGAAACGGAGCUGAAGCCGCGCCGCGGUUCGCUUCCUUUCGUCGGUUUCGUUUCUCUCGUCCCGCAUCUGACCAUCUCCAUCUCCUCCCCUCCCCUCCUACGCGUGCCGUGGCGUGGCGUAGGCAGGCUUCCUCCCCACCCCCCACCCCACCCCCUCCACGCACGCCACGGCCGCCGCGCCGGAUUCCUCUACCCUCUAGGGUUUCGCCGUCGCCGCGCCCUUCCAGGUGGCCGUUUCAUUGGUGUAUAUGAGACUCCAGCUACCAACAUUAUGCUCCCAUUGAGCAAUGUGUAGAAGUUGCCACUCACAAGACUCAAUCUCCGAUAAUGGCCAAACUUCCUAUAGUUGCACGCAGGCAAUCUAACGGAAGCAUGAGGCUUAUUGUACUUACAAUUGUUGGGGUGGUGUUCGGUUUCUUUAUUGGGAUUUCAUUCCCAACAGUUAGCAUAACAAAGCUUCACUUUCCAACUAGCAUUGUUUCCUAUAUAGAAGACAAGAACUCAGGACUGGCAGCUCAAGCUAUACUUAAUCAUGCUUGGACUGCUGCUAGGAAUGCUAAGGGAAAUAGUUCUGAACCAAGUUCAAACACUACCACAAAGAUUUAUGUACCAACAAACCCCAGGGGUGCAGAGAGCCUAGCACCCGGUAUUGUUGUAUCAGAGUCUGAUUUUCAUCAGCACAGGUUAUGGGGAAACCCAGAUGAGGACCUACCCUUCAAGCCGAAAUACCUUGUUACUUUCACUGUUGGCGUUUCACAGAAAGAGAACAUAAAUAGGGCAGUCAAGAAGUUUUCCGAUAAUUUUGCUAUCCUAUUGUUUCACUAUGAUGGCCGGGUGAGUGAAUGGGACGAAUUUGAGUGGUCAAAGCGAGCUAGCCAUGUAAGCGUCCGGAAACAAGCAAAAUGGUGGUAUGCCAAAAGAUUCUUGCACCCUGAUAUUGUGGCACCCUAUGAGUAUAUAUUUAUCUGGGAUGAGGACCUUGGAGUUGAGCAUUUUAACGCAGAGGAGUACAUUAAACUUGUCAAGAAAUAUCAACUAGAAAUCUCACAACCUGGUUUGGAGCCAGAUAAGGGAUUGACAUGGCAGAUGACCAAAAGAAGAGGGGAUCGUCAGGUCCACAAGGAUACAGAGGAGAGAGAAGGCUGGUGCUCUGAUCCUCACGUUCCUCCGUGCGCUGCGUUUGUUGAAAUAAUGGCUCCAGUUUUCUCCAGAGAUGCAUGGAGAUGUGUGUGGCAUAUGAUUCAGAAUGACUUGGUGCAUGGAUGGGGCCUCGAUUUUGCUGUCCGGAAAUGUGUGGAGCCUGCUCAUGAGAAAAUCGGUGUUGUCGACUCCCAAUGGAUUGUACACCAAGUGGUUCCUUCUCUUGGGAACCAGGGGCAGUCGGAGCAUGGAAGGGCACCAUGGGAAGGGGUAAGAGAGCGUUGCCGGAAAGAAUGGGGAAUUUUCCAGACAAGAAUGGCGGAGGCUGAGAAAGCGUAUUACGAGAUGAUGGGUGUCACUCCUCCGAACGUAACAUUUGUCUCCUAGGAUAAAAUUCUGAUGUUGAUUCCACUCACCGUUUUUUGUUCUCUUGUAGCCCUUUGAGUAGAGUUAGAUAUAGUGGUAACAUGUAGAUCAUACAAGAUGUUAUAUAUAUGAUAAUUUAUUUUUUU